AUGACCGGUGGUUCACAGGCGACUUCAUCCUCUUCUUCUCCUCUUCACUCUACCAACAUUAAACAUAUUCUUCCUAUCACAUUGGAUAUGGAAACCGUGCAAUAUUCCACAUGGGCGGAAUCAUUUAAAAUUCAUGCACGUUCUAGUCGGGUUAUUCACCAUAUUAUUCCUCCAAAAACCUUCAAGGCUCCCUCUACUGAUGAAGAAAAGGAGGAAUGGGCUACGGUGGAUGCCACGGUGUUGAAAUGGAUUUACGGCACCAUUUCUGAGGAUCUCCUCAACACCAUCUUGGAGCCUGAUUCCACGGCACAUGUGGCUUGGGAGCGACUACGAGACAUUUUUCAAGAUAACAAGUCGUCUUGGGCAGUCACUCUCGAAUAG